CAAUUUUAAUUGAAAAUGACUGCUACAGUUUUUAAAGUUGUUUAAUUGCAAUUUUAAAAGGAAUAAUUAUUGAUUUUUUUUCUUACAUAGCGAACAACUUAUAUCUCUUAACUUAUUACAAAAAUGUUGCGGCCCAACAACAAUUGAGCUGUGGGCUGCCAUGGCCCCUGGGAACCCCUGCGUCCCUUUGGACGCCAUUGCACUAUUGGGGUUGAAAGUGCUUGGAAAUUCAGCUGGCACCUUUAUUUACUGUAUUUUUAAAUUUAUUUUAUUGAAAACAAAUUUAAAUUAAAAGAAAAAAAACAGCGCCUUUAUUUAUUAUUUAUUUGUUUAGUUUUAUUAAAAAUAAAUACAUAUAGUAAUUACAAAAAUAUUUAAAUACAAAUAAAAUAUAUAAAAAGAACUGGUACCUUUAUUUGUAUUUACUUGCUAUUAUAAAUAAAUAAAUAAUAAUAAAAAAAAAUCUAAAUCUAUAAAUAAAUAACUGUCACUUUUAGAGGGAUCAGUCUCACAUUACAUACUUUGGUUCUCAGCAGGUCUUGAACUGGUCACUAUUUGAUCUACAGACCAAGAACUUGCUGAAAAGUCACUGACCUACUGUCCAGGCUAUCUAUCUACAGCAUAUAAACUUCACAUACAGUAUUGCUAUCCGGUUCCCUGAUGUUCUUGCUGUCCUUUCUCACACUCUCACCCCGAUUGAGCCAAUUCCUCCACCGCUGCAGGAGCGAAGGUACCUCUGCUGCUUGGUGGAAACAUCUAGCAGUAUGAUCAGCUGACCAGCUAUAAAAAUCAGUGUUCUAUCAUCCAGCAGCUGCAGGUUUUCUCUGCGCUGACAGUCAUAGCCAAACGAGUGACUUCAAGUUGUCAAGGAUUUAGAAUUUCAUCAAACACGAUACCAAGGUUCCUGGUUCCUUUUUAAUGAUAACAAACACAACUUUCUGGUAUUGGUAUUGGUUUGUCCAUUGACCUUUGACAGACAAAAAGAAUAGAAGGAAGAAAGCACUGUAAAACAAAGGAUACGAGAGGUUGAGGAGGUUCUCUGGGAUGUCAGAACCAGGUGUAAUGAAUGGUCUGGAAUAAAGUUCCUCAUAUUUGUAGUACAUAUCAGAAGACAGUUGUCUUCUCCUGUGACAAAGAAAAACAUUAACAUCUUAUAUGUACAGUGAAGGUCGCAUAAAGAAAUAGAAGGAUGCAGGGGCCAUUUUGAUACACUUUGUGCGUUAAAGAUGUUAAAACCAAUCCAGUGUAGGUAAACAUAUGCAGGAUUUCCCAUACAGUUAUUUAUCAGUUAACUGUGGCCUGCCACAGAAGGAUUUGGUGCUUUCUUUUAUAUAUUUCCUUAUAUUUGGCUGUGUCUUCUCACUCUCACUCUCAUAAAUACAGUACAGGACUGCCUGAAUGGCGUGUUGUUAGAAUUCUGUCCAGUAGAUGGCAUUGUUAACUGGAGCUGUGGGAACCUCUGUGCUAAGCAAUCUGAACAAUACAUCCACAUCUUUGUUUUGUGUUACAUAUCAAGCAAAUUAGUGUUAUAUCUAAUAAUAUAUCUCAUGAAUAACCUUUUUUUUUUUUUUUUGCAAUAUGCCGAGGGCCAAUAAAAACAAGCUGCGUUCCGAAAAUGGCCCCCGGGCAGCACUUUGGACACCUCAAUCUACAGGAGGCAAAGUACAGUGAUUAUUUUACAUUCUACAGUAGAAUUCACAGAGACCUUCCUAUUGAAAAUGCAUUUAAAUGUAAUAAUAAUGUGAAGUAAACUUAUUUCACAUACCAACUGUUAAAUUUGAACAAGCAUUUAAAGUGUUUUCUGACUGCUCUUAAAUGCCCAAUGAAUGUUAUAUAUGACAUUAAUGUCAACUUAUUAAGGUCUAGUGUGUCAUGUCACUAAAAAUUUUAGUUUUUUUUAGUAACAUUUUCACUGUUGAUGUCAGCACUGAACAACCAAUAAAAAUACAUUACAAUAUUUAAAUUAUACUCACUGUAAAGUCAUAACGCUGGAAAAAUACGCUUGUACUUACGUAGUGAUGUGAUCCUUGUACAUAUUUGUCCUGUGCAGACUUUUUACCGAAUUUUUUCCAGUGCCCAGGUUUGUUGGCCGUUGCCAGGCAACAGGAAGACAUCCCUGAUAGCGCUAAAAGUCCAAUUGGAUACCGUAGUCCUCAAUUUAGUUACUUAGUUACAGCAUUUUAUUUUACAUUCUUGCAUUAAGAACUUAACACCGUUUUAACCAACUGAACAACUGGUAUAAUCCAACUACAUUACCAAAAAUGUCUGAUUGAUUUUUUAAAACAUGGACACCACAUACGUUUGUAAUUAUUGUUACAAAAUUGUCAAUCAAAAUAUAACAAUAUAAUGACGAUAUUCUCUUGGAGAUGAAUGAAGUUUCCACCUUUACUUUUGCAUUGUCGUGACGACAUACUUUUACGACAGCAAACGUUGGAUUUCAGGUACCGUAAACCGUUGUGGUGAAACGCGCAUGGACAGAGUCGGGAAGAAGGCGUGCGUGUACUUGUAAAGAAUAUUUUAUACACAACCAACACUAUUCUGUCAAGAAACUGAUCAUACGAUCAAUUAUUGAUCAUAUUUUCAUCGAUGGAAGCCAAGCCCAAAAAACACUUUUCCCCUAAAGGUGGAAAGAAGUUAGGGCGUAAAGAUUCUCCUGGGAAAGCGCUUGGUAGUAGGCCAGCUGGUAAAAAGCCCUUUAAGCCAUACAUCAAGAAAGAAAUGAAAGGCAAAAUAGGGAAGAGUGGGGAUAACAACAAGAAGCAACGUACAUUUGCAAAAGAUGGAAAAGGGCCAAAUAAGAGAAAAUUUCCAGUGGACAAAGAGGGUGGAGCUCCACAGGCAAAGAGGAUCAAGAAAGGCGAGUUUAAGCCGAAGAAGCAGCAGACAGAUGAGGAGCUGAAAAAGAACAGGCAGCAGAAGAAGAGGGACCUGAAGAGGAGCAGACAGCAAGCAAAUCGAAAGGAUAUGUACCAAAUCAUCAGUCAGGCCAAACGAGUGUGGGGAGACCUCAGGAGCAAGACGUGUGAUAGCGAUUUGAAGAAGAAGCUGAUGAAGGAGCUUCAGGACCUGAUUGGGGGGAAGUACAAACAGAUGGCGUAUGCUCACGACUCGACACGAGUGCUGCAAUGUUUUAUCCAGUUUGGCAGCCAUGAGCAAAGACAGGACGUGUUUGACGUACUUAAAGAUGAUGUCAAUGCUUUGUGUAAGUCGCAGUAUGGCAGACACGUGGUGAAGAAGCUGAUGAUGUAUGGGAACAAGGAGCUGGUGGCAGCGGUGAUGCAAACCUUUAAAGGCCAUGUGCGUCCCAUGCUUCGCCAUGCGGCUGCGUCCUCCAUCGUCGAGUAUGCCUACAAUGACAAAGCUGUGCUGGCCCAGAGACUCAUGCUCACUGAGGAACUUUACGGAAACACUUUCACUGUCUGCAAGUCGUCUGUGUGCAACACUAUCCAGAAGGUUAUGGAGGCCAACCCAGACAAGUUGAAGCACAUCAUCGAUGAGAUGAAGCAGAUCCUGACUCCCUUGGCUCAGAAAGAGCAGGUCAUCAAACACUCGCUAGUCCACAAAGUCUUUUUGGACUUUUUCCUGUUCAGCCCCGACAAACCGAGAGCGGAGAUGAUCGAGUCCAUCAGGGAGUCAGUCGUUUACAUGGCUCACACCCAUGACGGCGCACGAGUGGCCAUGCACUGUCUGUGGCAUGGGACAGCCAAGGACAGAAAGGUCAUCAUCAAAACCAUGAAGACGUACAUGGCCAAGUUUGCCAUGGGGGAGUUUGGUCACCUCGUUCUUCUCGCCAUAUUUGACUGUGUGGACGACACCAAGCUGGUCAAACAGGCGGUGUUGUCUGAGAUCAUGCUGUCCUUAGGGGAAGUCAUCAGUAACAAAUAUGGCAAGAAGGUUCUGUUGUACCUGCUCAGCCCCAGAGACCCAGCUCACCUGCUGCCUGAGAUCAUCAAAGUGCUGCAGCAAGGAGAUGGCAACGCACACAGUAAAAAGGACACAGCCCUGCGGAGGAAGGAGCUUCUGGAGGUGGUCUCCCCGCCGCUGCUCGACUAUCUCUGCGAAAACGCCGCCGCCAUGGUCAUGGACAAGGCCACCAGCGUCACAGUGAGCGACAUCCUGGCGUCAGCCUGCGGGGACCUUCGGCCCGCCAUGACGGCUGUGGCUCAACUGGCCAAUCAGGAGCUGGUACCUGGAGGCGUCAAUGGAGAGCUCCACAUGGCAGAACAUCCUGCAGGACACUUGGUGCUGAAAUGGCUCAUUGAGCAGGACGUCACACUGGCAGAGACUGGCAAAGAAGAGCGCUUUGCCAGGAUCCUGGUGGACACUGUUGAGAUGGAAAAACUGAGGAGUUGGGUUAAAGUCAACAGAGGAGCCAUGGUGCUCUGCAGCCUCCUAAACAGCUGUGACAAGACUGUGGUUGCAGACGUGAAGGCAACGCUUAAGUUCUUCGAGCUCAACAGCGCCAACAACAGCAAAGGAGCGGAAAUCCUGAUGGAGAAUUUAAAAAAGUAAAACUGUCAAAAACCCCACCGGCGACACCCGCGGUAUCACGUCCUGUCUGGAAGUCCAUGCAAACCAAAACUAAGUUAUGUCAGACUGUGUCAACAUAUCUGGACGACUUGUCAACUUGAGCAGUUGGAAUACAGAAAUAAUUGAUGUGAACAAGAAUUAUGGGGUUGUUCACGACAGUCCUCAGUCAUGAAGGGAUACAUGAAGUUGUUCACAUCCCCAUCAGCAGUGUAGUCCAUAGACAGCGACUCACCCCCCCCCAUUUGGUCUCCUAAGUCCAGUUCAAAAGAGUAACAUUUGCGGCGGGAGACAAAUAUAACGCCGAGCGAAUUUGUGAGGUCUGACUUUUUCGAGUAGGCAUUUUUGUGAUGCAAAUGUAUUACGGUACUCUUUUGAACGCAUAUAAUUUUUAAGAAGCCAAACUCCUUACUUGUGAAACCCCAGCGACUACCUGGAACUACGUUCUUCAUCACCGAACUCUGACCUGAACUGGACUUACGAGACCAAGUGGGGGGUGAGUGGCUGUUGAUGCACUACACUGCUGAUGUCACAACUUCAUGUCAAAAAAUCCAAACUAUCCCUACAGCAGCAGGUGUUGACGUCAUCUGAUAAAGUGAAAGCUGAAUCUCAAAAAAAAAAAAAAGUGUUCCAGUUUGUUGAUCCAAGUUCAGAUCUCCAAUCUGAGAAACGGCUGCUGUUUUGUAAAUUGUCAAAUUAAAAGUUAUUUCUAAACUUUUCAUUUUAAAGUUAAGUCAAAGUUUUGUAAGGAUUUUUUUGUUUAUAGUGACAUUUUGUUCAAAUGUUGUCCAAAAAUGUAACUUUGAUGUACUGAAAUAAAUAUAUGAAAGUUUAAUUUGUAAUCAUUU